ACCAACAGCUUCAAGAUGAAAUUCUUCGUGUGCUUCGCUUUCAUCGCCAUCGCCGCAUCCGCUGUGGCUUCGCCCAACAGUGGCAUCUCUGCUGGACAGGAAUCCGAAAUUGAGGGACUUUCCGGCCAAGGCUACGGUGAUCUGACCCGUCUGCGCAAAUCCGCUUAUGGCGGCAGCUCGGGCGGCGGUGGCUCUAGCAUUCCAGCUCCUCCUUGCCCCAAGAACUACUUGUUCAGCUGCCAGCCCAACCUGGCCCCAGUUCCAUGCAGCUCUCCAUCUUCCGGCUAUGGAUCUGCCGGUGCUUACUCCUCGCCCGUUGCCAGCUACGCUGUUCCCAAUUACGGUCUGCCCCAGCAGCAGCUCUACGGCGCCGCUUAUGCACCACAGGGCUAUGGUUACCACUACUAGAAGAACAACUGGCCUGCAGACCUGAACGGCUUCCAAACAUGCUGAGAAACAAAAAUCUUGAAAA